AUGCCUACCGCCAAGCGCCUCAAGGGCAGUCGUGCAGCUGCAGCCGGUGCUGGACAGGCCCGCGAACCCGCCCGCAAUGUCGAAACAGAACGUCCAACUCCCGCCGAGGUCGAGCAAGAGGAACACCAAUUUGUCCAACUGGCGAGGAAGAACUGGUUAAAACCUGGGAAGAAGGCAGCCAAAACCAAGGUCAAGAACGACGUUUUGAAGCAGGGCAUCUGGGACGUGCUGGAGCAGGAUGGCUUCCAAUACAAGUCGCUACUCCUGUUGGAGAGCUUGCAGACAAUGGAGAGCUACCUGUGGCCAGGAUACACUGACCAAGCGUCCAAUUUCCACGUUCUCUUAAUCGCACUGAUAGCCAAUGUUAAGCGGCGCGAACAUUUGGAAACAUGGAGUCUAUUUGAAGAUCGACCAGAGGAUUUCUCGUCCAUGUUCCGUCGCAUCCUUUCGCUAAUGCUCGAUCGCACCCUUUCGACAGCCAUUCGAACACACCUUCUCUGCUUCUUAAUUUACGCUUUCCAGAGCCUCGACUGCGCUAUCGUCAGAAAGGAAUGUGCGCCUCUGGUAUCUAUAGGCAUCUGGCAGAACCUGUCUAGCGAAACGCAACGAGAGGCCUUGCUGGACCAAAAUACCCAUCUUCGAAAGGCCUGGAGAGCAUCGCAGAAACGAUAUGAUGCAGCAGAUGAUGCCAUCAAAGCUCGCCUUCGUUUCGAGAGAUCUUGGCUCUAUUCUCUCCUGCUAGACUUUCUGGGUCUAUUGUACGACGAUGCUACUAAAUCUGACCAAGCUUUGUACUGCGAGAGAUUUACCGAGUUUAUAUCUGAUUUGCAAAGUCAGCUACCUACAAGACGCUAUGUCAAUACCCUGCUACAGGAUUUGCACAUACUGCCUCUCAUGAAGAUUUCGCCAGUAUAUAAUGACGAGAACAAUUCGUUACUGCGCGAUUUGCAUGCCCUUCUGUCGCAUUACACACACUUCGCAAUUGACGAUCAAACAGGAAUUCAAUUGACUGCGACAGAAGCAUAUGACAAACAUUGCGCAAUCCUCGGGAAACUACAAAGGGUAGCGCUCAAGCAUUUCAAGGAGAAACUUAUGGUUCUAGCCCUUUCAAACUAUGGCGGAAUUGAGAAGCGAGACGAACUUGAGAGUCUUCUUGAGCCUUUGGCAGACGACGAGCUUACACAGCUCUUCACACUUCUCGACAUGAGAUCCACAUAUCCCGAAUCUCUCGCACUCCCCAUCGAUCGCAAACUGCUUACCGAGAUCAUGCUGAGCAAAUUUGAGCGAAAGAAGACUUUCCGCGAGACUGCUCGGUAUAUGCCGUUGCUUCCCACCGAGCGCACCUUGUUUGACAACGGGUUCCAGAGAGCUGAUGCCUACGAUGGAUCUCAUCCCCUUGCUCUACCCAAGUUGAACUUGCAGUACCUAUCUGCUGGUGAUUUCUUGUGGAGAGCAAUGAUUUUGUAUCGUUGUGAAGCAUUUUACGGCAUUCGAAAGGACGUAGAAUCAGCAUUGCGCCGCCUGCGACCCGAGUCCAAACAGCCUGGCGUGAUAAACUUUGCAGGAUUCUCAAAAAUGGCCAUGCCUAUUUCGAAACCAUCAAUUCUGGAAGUAACCCCCCCUUUGGUUGGUGAAGAACUUCCGUCCAUGGUGAAAGCCGAGAUCUCGAUUGAUGUUCGACGCCUCGGACAGAACGUUCGAAGGGAAUGGGACAGUCUUCGCCCUGAUGAUGUUGUGUUUCUGUUGUCUGUCGAGCCAGCCCCCUCCGAAGCUUCUGUGAACGGCGGUGAGAUUCAGUCCGAAUAUGAGAAGCUGGGCAUUAAAUCGAUUCGAGCUGCCGAGAUACUAAGCAUCACAGAUGACAAAGGGCGCCAUGUCAGAGAUGGUUCAAUGGGCCUCGACAACAAACGCAAAGUGCAAUUAAAGCUAGACACGUACAUGUACGCCAGAGACUCAGAGCGUGCCGCGGCAGGCAAAACCGACGUCUACGGCCAAGUCAAUCUGUUACUGAGGCGAGGGCGAAGGGAAAACAACUUCAGACCUGUUUUGGAGUCUAUCCGCAAACUAGUUUUAUCGGAAAUGCCUCUCCCAUCCUGGCUAUACGAAGUCUUCCUAGGCUAUGGCGAUCCGGCGGGAGCAAACUAUAAGAACCUUUCUAAUCGCAUCAAGAAGCUCGACUACCGGGAUACCUUUCUCGACUGGCAACAUCUGGUUGAGAGCUUGCCUGGCAAGACUGUUGAGCCGGGUGACGAUGUGUCAGGCAGCUUUGGUCCCCCCUACGUUCUCGAAGAAGCCGACAAGGCAGAAACGGCCAAUGGAGCCAGACCAUCCAAGAAGCGACGGCGCGAUGCAGAGCCCACGAUGAAGUCGGACGUCGAUGCGCUCAAAGUAUCGACAUACAAGCCCCCAAACAACGGGCCCUAUCCCGUGGACGCGCCAAAGUUGAAUUCUGUUCGAUUCACCCCUGCGCAGAUUGAAGCAGUCAUGUCUGGGUCGCAGCCUGGGUUAACUGUGAUUGUCGGUCCUCCAGGAACAGGCAAGACGGACGUUGCCACACAAAUCAUCAACAACAUCUAUCACAACUUCCCACAGGAGAAGACUUUACUUAUUGCACACAGCAACCAAGCACUGAACCAACUAUUUGCCAAGAUAGUGGCAUUGGACAUUGACGAGAGACACUUACUCCGUUUAGGACAUGGAGAAGAGGAUCUAGACACGGAUGGAAGCUUUAGCAAACACGGCCGUGUUGAAUCAUUUCUCGAUAACAGACAAACGUACCUGCAAGAAGUUAGAAAGCUUGCUUCGAGCCUUGGUGCACCCGGUGCACAUGAUAACUCAGCAGAGACCGCUGGGUACUUUGGCAAAGUCUACGUGGAACCUGCGUGGAAAAGGUUUCAGCAAGCUGCCCUGUCGGCCGAGACGACGGCUGCAGAUCUCGUCAAGGCUUUCCCAUUCCACGUCUACUUUGCAGAUGCGCCCCAACCAUUAUUCCCAGAAGAUGCUGAUCGCGAAUCAACGCUGGACAUUGCCAAUGGCUGCUACCGCCACAUUAGCAAGAUAUUUUCAGAAUUGGCCGACAUAGUUCCGUUUGAGAUCCUUCGCCGCGAACGAGAGAAGGCCAAUUACUUGCUUACGAAUGAGGCGAGGAUUAUUGCCAUGACCACGACCCACGCUGCAAUUCGACGGAGUGAGAUUGCCUCACUGGGCUUCCACUACGACAAUGUCGUCAUGGAGGAGGCCGCACAGAUCACCGAAGUUGAAACAUUUAUGCCUCUGGCCAUGCAAAAGCCAACGAAUAAUCAAAUGCCGCUGAAGAGGGUGGUGUUGUGCGGUGAUCAUCUGCAGAAUUCGCCCGUUAUUCAAAGCCUGGCAUUCCGACACUAUGCCAAUUUGGAGCAGUCCCUGUUUUCCCGUCUCGUCCGACUUGGCGUCCCAACCGUCAACCUGGAUCAACAGGGACGAGCUCGUCCGUCAAUUGCAAAUCUUUACCGGUGGCGUUAUCCCAAGUUGGACGACUUGCCACACGUCCAAAGCCGACCUGAAUUCCUCAAGGGCAAUUCUGGCUUCAAAUUUGAUUACCAGUUCAUCAAUGUGCCUGAUUAUAAGGGACGUGGAGAAUCAGAGCCUACACCCCAUUUUAUCCAAAACCUAGGCGAAGCAGAAUAUGCGGUGGCUCUCUAUCAGUACAUGCGUUUGCUAGGAUACCCUGCGGAAAAGAUAAGCAUUCUUACAACGUAUGCUGGGCAGCGAGCCUUGGUCAAGGACGUGCUUGCCCACAGAUGCGCCAAGAAUCCGGUGUUUGGUCUUCCCAAGGCUGUUGCCACGGUCGACAAGUAUCAAGGCGAACAGAAUGAUUAUAUCAUCCUCUCGCUAACGCGAACCUCGCGGGUUGGCUACUUGCGGGACGUUCGCCGUAUGACUGUGGCAGUAUCGCGUGCUAGACUUGGAUUGUAUAUUCUCGGGCGACGAGAGGUUUUUGAGGCGUGCCCGGAGCUCCGGCCUGCCUUUGACCUACUCCUGCAGCGGCCAGACAAGCUGAUGCUUGUUACAAGUGAGAUGUGGCCAACGGAGCGAGCCAAUACAGAAGAUAAUUCAGAGGUGGAAGGAGAAGUGGCCAUGGAAAACGUCGAACACUUGGGGCAAUACGUGUUUGAGAUGACCAAUACCAGACUCAAACAGAUACAAGAGCAGGGCGCCGACUCUGUGAAUGCACCGGAAACGAUUGUGGAAGAGGCAGACAAAGAUGCGGAGGCACAAGCUACAUAUUACGAUGAAGAUGAUAAGGAUGUAGAACCGGAUAUACUGGAGGUCCGCGAAGGAGAAAACAAGAACUAG